AUGUCAAACCCAGUGGGCAGCGUACCAGAAACCACAUCGUAUGGGUCUCGGAUUGGGAUGACAGAGGACUCCCUCUCCAUCCUGGAGCAAAGCAGAGGCUGCGAAGACCCCUGGGAGAUGGGGGAAACCAAACCAAACGUGGAAGCCCUGGAGCGGGGCAUGCCAGGCGUCUACCUCUCCUGCUUCGACAUGCUCCUCACAGAAGAAGCUACUUGGCUGGUGAAAGUUUCAGAGGCCUCUUCAGCACUGGCUUUACCCAUGAACCGCGUAGAACCCCGGGAGGAACCGGAGCAGUGCCCGGUCAUUGAUAGCCAGGAACAGGGGAUCUCUCCUGGCCUGGAGGGGCAGGAGGAGGAGCGAUCCCUGGAGCAGGUGCAGAGCAUGGUUGUGGGAGAAGUACUGAAGGACAUUGAAACAGCCUGCAAACUGCUCAACAUCACCCCAGAUCCGAUAGAGUGGAACACUGGGAAUGUCCAGAAGUGGCUGCUCUGGACUGAACAUCUCUACAGAUUGCCCCAUGCGGGAAAGGCCUUCCAGGAGCUGACGGGAAAGGAUCUGUGCGCCAUGAGCGAGGAGGAGUUUCGCCAGCGUUCCCCGCAGUGUGGAGACACGCUGCACGCACACCUGGACAUAUGGAAGUCAGCUGCAUGGAUGAAAGAGCGGUUUUCCAUUGGAGACACUAAAACUACAGGCAGCGAGGAGCUAUGGUCUGAGGCAGAUUCAUCUUGCUCAGGUCAACCUAUUCAUCUGUGGCAGUUUCUCAGAGAGCUCCUGCUCAAACCCCACAACUAUGGACGUUGCAUUCGCUGGCUCAAUAAAGAAAAGGGUAUUUUCAAAAUCGAAGACUCUGCUCACGUCGCGAGACUGUGGGGACUCCGAAAGAAUCGACCUGCAAUGAACUACGACAAGCUGAGCCGUUCCAUACGUCAGUACUACAAGAAAGGCAUCAUCCGCAAGCCCGACGUGUCUCAGAGACUGGUCUACCAGUUUGUUCACCCAGUAUGA